GCCAGGCCUGCUCUUUUUUUAGAAACUUCGCUUAGUUGCAAAAUUCACAUGGAGCACUUGUGUUUGUUGCCGCUUUGUGAUGUGUGGCCCUGAAUUAGCACAAAGAAACGAGAAUUACAACAAUGAAACCGUCUUCUUGUUAUUAAGACGGGGCUAAAAUACUUUAAUCAGUGGAACAGUAGUACUCAUUGUUUCUUUGUUCUCAUAGAUUGAUCGUGGAUGCGACAUGAUAUCAUUUUCGUUUAUUUCUUUGAACAAAUAUGUGCUGCAUCAACAAGUUGCAGCGCUUUGUUUCACGUUGUUUUUCAUUUGGGCAUAAAUGCGUAGUAUCCUGCUUCACAAUGUCGACUAUUAAACCCAAAGCAAAUUCAAAUGAAGCCUAUAACAAUAACGAGAUUUAUAUUCAGUAUUCUUAUAUUUUCUAAUGUGGUUCAGGCUAUUCCUGAACUCGUAAUAACUGAAGGUUUAAUCUUUUCAGUGUGCACAAUAUUCGGUUAUACUGGUGCAAACGCAUUUGAUAUCGCCUGCACAUCGAACACAGCUUCAGUACCCCUUUGUAUUGAUUUUAUCUUAAAAAACGUUGCCAUAGGUUUUAUCGGCGGUUUUGCAGGCCGCGCAGUUGAAUCGGGUUAUAACUUUUUGGACGCUGCAGGCAUUGUGAAACAUUCGACUAAAAGAAAUGAUAAUGCCGAUCCGAAAGACAUAAAUGCAGUCGAGGAUUCUGACAAAAGACGGACAGACUUGAGUGAAAUUAUUAUCGACUGUUCUGACAUUCAAGAACUCAUUAAUCAUCUAAAACUUGAAUGUCCGUGUAAGCCGCGUAGCAUUGAUAGUUCUUAUACUGAACUUUAAAAGAAUAAAUAUUGCUCUCUAAUGUUAACUCUAAGUCAUUGCAAGACCAUUACUGGAAAAGUCGGCUUCUUCAAUACAACUAAGUAGAGUAGCAAUUUUUACCCACAUUCCUAUUUAUUAGCCAUUCAUUCAUAACAACUACGGUCGAAAAGUGCUUAAAAGCCGUAAAGUUUCACCAACUCCUAUUGCGAAACACAUUCGUAACUGUUUACCGUUGCGAGAAACCACGACAUUGAUGAAUUAAAAAACAAAACACUUCGCGCAAUGUUUCCUGUCUUGUACUCAAAGACAAAUAUAAACUCAGUCAUUACAGACAGACAGUUGCAUUGGAACUAGUAUUGAUAAAAGAAAAUCAGCUAAUUAAUACUAUUAUGUAAUCUGUGAGCGGAACGGCUCCGAAGCUAGCAUUCAAUUAAUAGUAAUGUAACAAAGCUUUAGUAACUACGAGAAGG